AUGGUUUUGGAAGCAACAAUGAUAGUAAUGGACAACUCCGAGUUCAUGCGAAACGGAGACUACACCCCCAACCGGUUCGAUGCCCAGGUGGACUGUGUCAACCAGCUCUUCACCAUCAAGACCAACCGCAACCCUGAGAGCGCAGUGGGUCUGAUGAGCAUGGGCGGCCGAGGUCCUGAGGUGCUUGCCACCCUCACCACAGACCACGGCAAGAUUCUGGCCGGUAUCCACGACACUCAUAUCACCGGUGCUCCCCACCUCACCACAGGCAUUCAGGUGGCCGCGCUGGCUCUCAAACACAGACUCAACAAGCUGCAGCGGCAACGGGUGAUUGUGUUUGUGGGAUCGCCGGUCGAGGAGGACGUCAAGGCACUGGUCAAGCUUGCCAAGAAGAUGAAGAAGAACAGCGUGGCGGUGGACUUUGUCAAUUUCGGCGAGGAGGGCGAAAACACAGAGAAGCUGGAAAAGUUCAUCGAGGCCGUCAACUCAGGCGACAACUCUCACCUGGUCACCAUCCCCCCUGGCCCUCAUCUGCUGUCAGACAUUCUGCGCAACUCUCCCAUCAUCAAGGAAGACGACGACGGAAUGGAUACUUCGGGCAUGGGCGGCGCUCCUGGCGGCUCCAACGACGCGGACUUUGAGUUUGGUGUGGACCCCAGCGUGGAUCCCGAGCUGGCUCUGGCGCUGCGAAUGUCGCUGGAGGACGAAAAGGCCCGACUGGAGAAGGAGAAGGAGCAGCCCGAGAAGCUGGAUUCGGUUAAGGAAGAGGACGUGAAGAAGGAAGAUGAGGAUGCAAGUGGAGAGGACAAGGGUAAGGACAAGAAGGAUGACGACAAGAUGGAUACGAGUGCGUAA